ACGACACCAAAGUUUCGCUCGCGGUUUUUUUUGCCCUGGACCCCUCCCCGCCCGACCGAUGCAUUCCGUACAUCUUCAACCGAACGAGGUCACGGGGGAGGCGGUAUAUAUACACCCGUGGACUCUGCAGCCAUCCACAACAUAGUCCAAGCUUGUUUAGCAACCAUCAACCACAAUCCUCCACCAUGUCUUGGGUCUACCUUCUCUUCUCUGCCGCGCUGGUGAUUGGCUCAACCCUCGCCGAGAUGGAAGUCGACGCGACCAAUCAGGUUCAUCUUGGUGAAGACGGUGCGGUUGAAGGUCGAGCAUGUGCGACCUGCCAUGGUGGGGCGGAGACUAUCUCCUCGGUCCCCUACGGUUCUGGUGGCCUGGACGUUGGUGACCAUGGCACCUUCAUCCCUACAGGACACUUUGACUUGUUUGGUGGACUCUUCAGCGCCAUCGGGGGUCUGGGUACUGGUGUGUUCGCUAUCCCCAUCCUCGCUGUCAACAUUGCCAUACUCGUUCUUCUGGCUAUCUUGUUGGCUCACGUGAAGCAGCUGGGAGGAUAUGGUGACACCGGCUCCGUGGACCCCAUCAUCCACUACGCCCCCGUCCCAUCUUACAGCAGCGGUGUAGGUGUUGGUGGCGGCUCAACCUACCAGUCCUACGAUUCCGGUGCCGGCGGCUACAGCAAGAGAUCCACUGAGGAGGCAAGAGGCCUUCCCUCUCCCUCCACCUUCCAGUUCCUCUCCAAGAUGGUUGCCGACGCCAUCAGCAAGUACAGCGAGAUGGAGUCCGAGGGGGCAGCCUCCAGCGACGCGAAGUAAAUGGUAACUAAGUAAGACUAACCCAGGCCGGACGUGACAAAAUAGAAUACGUUCCUAGACGAGACUUACUUGUUACCGUAGUUCAAGACUCAGCUGUGACUAAAAACUGCGACGACGUUCACAUGUAAUGCAAUAUUAGAUAGUGAACGUACAAAGAGACAAUUAAUGAACAAGACUGGCUGUGGAUUCUAAUUUUUACCAGGUAACUCUGUCAGGGAGACUACCAGCCAGACAGUCAGUCGACAGAGGGUGAUGACGUGGCUCAUGCUAGGUCGGCUGAUAACAGAGACAAGACAAAUGGACAAACUGAAGUCAAGAACACAGACUGACGACGAAUUCUACGGACAAACCAAAACGGCAAUACAGUUUGUGAUGAACUGAUACAGACAAAACCUGACAAGAUACGGCAAGACACUUUAGACUCGACUUACUGAUGCCUGUGAUAAAUAACUUAUAUUACUAAUAGACAGACAAUCACGGGUAACAUAUAUCACAAUGAAAUGACAAGUUUACCAGUAAGAGGUGCUGGCGUAGGUCUCGAGUGAUUUACAUAUCGUGGCUGGUGACAGAGAUGCUAGACGCUGUACGACUCUACGACGGACAUGGAACUACAAAACUGAAGGUGAUUUCAUCUCCCUGCUGACUCGACCGACACCCUAGACUACUGGCUGCU